AUGCGAUCAGACAGAGAAGGAGUCCUCACAGAGGAAACAAGAGACCAGAAGAUGUCUGCAGGCCUCAUCGGAUGGCUCCUCAUCUUCCUUCCAUGUGUUUGUGAUUGCGUGACCUUUAAGACAUCUGGUCCUAAAGUGGUUACCAAGUCUUCCACGGUUGAAUUUACAUGCAGCCAAGACGAUAAAAAUCUAUACGUAAUGCUCUGGUAUCAACAAGUUGACGGAAAAAUGGACUUGAUCGGACACAGCUACGUUGGCAGUGAGGCAGCGUACGAAGAACGGUUCAAAACUCGGUUUGAAAUCACAAGGGAGAACAUUGAGAAUGGAGGUCUCGUCAUCAGAAGUGCAGAAACCGGAGACUCGGCUGUUUACUUCUGCGCUGCUAGUACACAGUUUAGUUCAAGAGACAGGUUUUAUCUGCAGUCUUGCAUCAGUGUGAACAGCAACCCAGCUUACUUCGGCAGCGGCACCAAACUGACAGUUCUAGAACAUAAUAUCAGCGAGCCACAGAUCCAGAUCUUCACACCGGCUGAAAAAGAAUGUCAGGCCAGCUCUCAGCGCAAAGCAUGGAAGAAAACAUUGGUGUGUGUGGCAUCGGGUUUCUACCCCGACACUGUUGAAGUGACCUGGGACAUCGAUGGGACAAGAGCCACCCGAAAUGUGGCGACAGACAGCCUCGCUCAGAGGGAGGAGGAAGGGUCUCAUAAGUACAGAAUCACCAGCAGGCUGAUGGUGGAGGCCCAAACUUGGGCGAGAGCUGGCAUCAAGUAUACCUGCGCGGUCAGUUUCUACAAUGGAACACAGCAAAGCGUUAAGAAAGUCACGCAAGAAAAUCCAAGCCCAAACAAAGUCCCCAACACAGUGAGAUUCCAGAGGCUCAGUCAGGGAGCCAAACUCUCCUACGUCACGUUGAUCGUCAAAAGUGCAGUUUAUGGAGCCUUCGUUGUGGUGCUGCUGUGGAAGCUGAAGGGCUCUGGCUCAGUGCACUGAAUGGUUCGUUGAAGACGGA